AUGACAUUGAAUAACAACUCUAAGAAGGCUAAAUGGGAUGCAGAAACAAUAGAACUAUUUUUAAAUAUAUGCGUGGAAGAAAUUUUAGCAGAAAAUCAUCCUGGAACUCACUUUAGCAUAUUAGGAUGGUCUAAUCUGGUGCAAAAGUUUAAUGAUAAAAUUGGAAGAAACUAUAAUAAAGUUAAGUUGAAGAACAAAUGGGACAACCUCAAAGGUACAUGGAAAGAAUGUGAUACUUUAGUUGGAAAAGAGAAUGGUUUAGGAUGGGACCCCGAUAAGAAAACAAUUCAAAAGAGUGUAUAUUGGUGGGAUAGAAAAAUAAAGGAGAAUUCAAAUAUAGAGAAAUUUAGAGAAAAAGGUUUACAACAUCGACAACUGAUGGAGUAUUGUUUUAAGGAUGUUGUUGCAACCGGUGAAUAUGUGUGGGCACCGUCAUCUGGAGUGUUACCAGAUGGUAUACAAGGAAGCAGUUGGUUUCAGUCGGAACAACCAUUUGAGUUUGGAACUCCUAUAGACAAUGAAAAUUUUUUGAAUAUUGAUGGCAUAGAAAAGAAUACGGAAAAAGGGAUUCGAACAAACUAA